AUGAAGUUUACAAAUGCAGCGGGGACCCAAGAAUUUUACAACUCUCUUGAAAGAACUAAAUCUACAGGGAUCCCACAAGGGUCAGAAGGUGCAAGUUUACAUGAAGCCAAACGCUACCUCAACCAGUUUGGGUACUUAAAGUACGAAGAUUCAAACAACCUUGAAAAUGAUGAGGCCUUGGAGCUCGCCAUUAAAACGUACCAGACAUUUUAUCAAUUGGAGGUUACUGGGAAGCUUGACUCCAACACCGUCAAGCAAAUGACAAUUCCGCAUUAUUAUGUUGGACAGGCUGACCUUAUUUUAGGAUUUUACAGAGGUGAACAUGGUGACGGUAGUGCUUUCGAUGGGCCUGGUGGCGCUUUAGCUCAUGCGUUUCCUCCAACAACUGGCAGGUUGCAUUUUGAUGCAGAUGAGAUUUGGUCCGACAGUUCUUAUCGCGUUCGUUCAAAUCAAGUUGACCUGGUGGGCAUUGCAAUGCAUGAGAUAGGGCACCUUCUUGGACUUGAUCAUAGUCGUGAUGAACUAGCCAUUAUGUUUCCCGGUAUUGCUAAAGGACAAUUUAAGAGGAGUUUGAGCUUUGAUGAUAGGGACGGUUUAUUUACUUUAUAUGCUGAUAACAAUAUCCUCCAGUUAGGAGGUAGAGUCAACUAUUAUAAUUUGUUUCUAUGCUGA